GGAGUAUGUUUGAGAGUGUACGUAUCUGGCUGCGCUCGCUUAAUGACAGCACUAUCGACAUAUUAGAUAUAAUAUAGCAUGUUGAAUCGCAUCAUGAUAAAGAAUUUGGUGAUAUAAAAUUUACUUGUACACUGUUAAUUCCAUUCAUGUGAUACUUAGGAUGGCAAUGACAAGCACGCCCACAACUUUUGUUGUAAAUAGAGUAACAGCAAAUAAGUGGGCCAUUCUUACUGUUCAAUGUUUUGACUAAUGCUGGAUCAACAGAAAAAAAAAUUCAAUAUGUUGUUAUUUUGCGCUGAAUAGGUUUUAAAUAUUUUGAUAUGAAAUAUGGUAGAGAAUGAAAUGUAGGGGGUAUUGCUAUAUUUUGUUGUUGGUUUUUUGUUAUUUUUUUGGAAAAUUAUAAACUGCAGAAGCUUAUUAAAACAUUUGGAUUUUUUCCAUAGCUCUCACCCCAGAAGGCUACUGAUGUGUAAAGUGCCAUCCGUAUUCCCACCUGACAUGGGAAGUCGCUGGUUGCACUUGUGAUCUCGAUAUUAUAUUCUCAUGGAUUUAAAAAGAAACAAGUACAUAUGUCACAAGUCAAUCACCAGCCGAAGCAGCUAUCCAUUAUAAGAUGACACGAUACGAUCUCAGAGGGAUAAUCAGUCGGAUUGCCAGGUCAUUUAAGUAACUUUGGUAAUAUGAGGAAUUCCUCUCUAAAAAACAUAUUGUCUUGAAAGACCUAUCACAAGAGAAUGAGUACCGAAGAGUCUGAUGGAGGAGAAGAAAACUUUGAAACUCUUAGAAAAUGUCUUAAGAAACCAUGCACCAAUCUGUUACGUUUUAUUUUGAAAUCAAAGUUCCGAAGAUAUGAGGAACUCAAGGCGGCAAUUCCCUGGGAGGGAAUAUCUGAGGAAACAAAAUCUGCUUUACAAAAGCAGAAUAAAAUACGUAAAUUGAAAUUUCCACUGCUUGGUGAGAUAUUUCGCACAGGAGUUUGUGAUCGUUUUUUCGGUCAACCAGGCAUUGGUUGGUCAUCGACAGAGGAAAUUCCAGAAGACUGUAUUGGAGUAGCAGAUGACAUUCUGAGAAUAUGGAGGUUAUGGCAAGAGAACAUAGAAAACAAUGAUGACGAAACAGUUUCCGACAAUGACAGCAAUGAAGCCUUCAACGUACUGAUAGACAUUGGAAAUAGAAUGAGUGAUCGGCAAGAAUUUGCAGAUUCUGGUCUGGAAUUCCACCGAGAGAUCUGUUUAGCAAGAAAAGGCAAUUAUGAAGGUGCACAUGCCGAUGCUAUUCAAGCAGGAGAUAACAACACAUUUGAAAUGAAUAUUGAUUCAACGUUUAAGGGCACUGUAAAUGUGGUCCAAGGAGGAAAUGGCAAUAAAUUUAUACUGUACCAUUUAAAAAAUCGUAUAGAGUGUACACCCACAAGAUAUGUUCAGGCGACUGCAGUUCUUCAAUCAGACAAUCCAUCAUUCCAAAUCUUAACAGAAAGUGCAAGUAAUCUGAACAUUGAGGAAAUUAAUGAACUCCCAGCAUUGAAAGACAACGACGUAUCGAUAAAAGAGAUAAAAAGAGGCAGCCUGGUCAUCACAUUUACAAUUAAAAACGAGGAUACACUAGAGAAAAAUCUGGAAAGAAUAUUUAACAGCAUAUUUGAGAAGGAAAAAAUUGAAGAGUUGUUAGGAAAUCUUACAGAAGGCUUUUUGAGAGUACGAGGAUAUAUCUAUGAUCCUCAAGAGUACUAUCUAGAUUAUGCACCUAAAGAAUCUACUCAUGUGUAUGCAGCAAAGUGUCAUUUAUAUUCCCACCUGACAUGGAAAUUCGCUGAUUGUACGUGUGAUGUAGAUGUUAUCCUUACAGAUUUAUUCUUUAAUCUGUUGGCAUACGAUUUCACAACAGAAGAAAAUGACAAUAUUUGGAUAAUGAUAAAGGGAAGCAUCAUUGAUCCGGAAGAUAUCGCUUUUUCAUCAAUCGAAUGCAUGUUACUUGAAAAUGUGGAUGAAAAAAUCAGAAAAUUCAAUUCCGAUCUUGAAAUGUCUGGACACUGUGAAAUCAAAAGCAUAAAUCGUACCAAAAGUACCACUCUCGUUAUUUUAAAGACGAAAACCUGUUUAAGUUAUUCUGGGUUAUUAGCAGACGAAGGGAUUCUUCUUUCUUUCCUGAGAUCUUUCUUGUGGUCUGGAAAAACUGACGAUCUGAUUUCAAAAGUACAGCUCAUGAGAGUUGGCCUAAUCAUUGAUACAAACCUCGCGCAAAAUAAGACAGACGAUGCCCUGAUUAUUGAGUUCCGACCGGAAUCCAACAUAACGAGGGCAAUUGACAACGGUAUUCUUCCUCAAAUACUCACGAGUGUCUUGGAGAGCAGCAAAGAAACAGGCGUAGUAAUACCAUACAAAAUGAAAAUCAAAGUAGAUAUGAACAGAAAAAUGCCAAGUCACGAUUGCAGCACUAUGGAAAAGGAAGCUGAUAUCAAAACGCAAAUUCAAAAGGUCCGAAAAGGAGAAAAGAAAUUGCAGUUCAAUAAAUCGACCAACGUCCACUUAUAUGAACCUACGAUUUUAAAGAAUUAUAGUUUUCAAGAAGAUUCAGCGCUUGAUUCUGAUUAUGAUGAUGCGAAUGUCCCGCAUAAAUUGAUUUCAUACCGAGAUCCUGAAUAUGAUCAAAUACAUUCGGAUUCAACUGACAGUGGUGUCGAACUCCUUAGAGAAAAAGAAUUCUUAAAUGAAAUCUCAAGAGAUAACACAGCGGUACUUUCUGAAAUGAAUACUGAACUUGUAAUCAAUGGACUUCAACUGUCUGAAAAAUAUGAGAAUGAAUUCCGACCCCAAAGGAAAAUUAUGUUUAAUUAUAGGGAAAAUUUGCCAGUUAAAAAACUUGAGCAAUUAUUGAAAGAUAAUCCUGCUAAGUAUAAACGAUGCAGUCUGUGCAUAGAAUCUGCACAUAAAGCAGUUUGUACAAAUUUAAACUUUGCCGAUGAAGUAAAAGAAAUACAUAUUUCAGGGAGAUCAAAAUGUGGAAAAUCCUAUGCAGACGAUGAAGUAGUAGUAGAGAUCUUAGGUGAAUCAAAAAUUCGGAAGACUGAGAGAAAACGGAGGUAUAUUGAAUCACAAACGAGAGACACGAACAGUUACGGCAGAGUAUUGGGGACAAUACAACGGAAUCGAUAUAAAACCAUGAAACAUCCCGUGUUAGUGUGUGCAUUCGAUGAUUUUGGAAACCAUAUGGUGAAACCAUUGUGCAAAACAGUACCAAAAAUUGAAGCAUCUCACAAAUUCUGUUCUAGUAAAACUCAGUUCGACUUGUUUACCUAUGAUAAACAAAAUAAGACCUUAACUCACAAUGGCGUAUUAAACAUCGGACGUGCUAAUAGAAAAUCUUAUUGUUUUCUUGUUGCCAUUAUGCACUGGGAGGACAUGUAUCCGUUUGGAGUGAUUCUGAAGAGCUUUUAUACAGGAAAUGAUUCUCAAUCAGGAAUAUAUAUUCUGAGACUUCAGUAUCAAAUUCCAGAUAAAUUCACAGACGUCGCUAAUCGUGUAGUAUAUCUCCUACAACAAAGGGAAACACACAAAUUAGCAACAACAAAGUCCAAGGGAGUGACACCAGUUUUCACGAUUUCUGUAGACGAUGAUUUAAAAGAAAUUGCAUACAGUGUUGAGAAAAUAUCUCAUGAUCAAUAUAGAAUUGGAAUUCAUAUCGUAGAUCCAACAAGAUUCAUAAAAAAGAAUGAUAUUCUGGAUAGGGAAAUAAGAAAACGUGGAACAAGUUUUGUUAUCAAUAAGAAUCAUCAAUCUUUAAUGAUACCGAGAGAAGUCUGUAAUAUUAUUGAAUUCAAGGUGAGCGGGGAGAGAAAUGCAAUAACAUUGUCUUUUACAACAAAUUCACAAUCUGUCGUGGAUAAUGAGAGUUUUACCCUUCGCAAAUCAGUUGUUAUGAGUCAAAAGGCAUAUGACCUUGAUGAUGCCACGGAUAUAUUAGAAGGAACCCAAGACUUCAGAAUAAAAGUUUUAUUAAAUGUUGCAAAAGAUAUUCGCAAAAAGCGACUAAAUAAUGGCACUCAUUUUCUUGAAUUAGACACGAAACUUGAGGAUGAUGGAACGUUCAUGAAACAUAAAGACGUUCGAAAUUUUAUACAUGAGUUAAUGAUAUUCACUAACUUGAAAAUCUCAGAACGGUUGCGCAGAAAAUAUCACACUGUCAUGCCUUACCGUUGUCAUGCAGCACCCUCUACUGACGUAGUCAAAUUGUGGAAUGAAAGUCAUUCUGGUAUGGGUGACUUACUAUGUAGGCUUCAAGAUCUAAAUGUAGCACCUGCUACUGGAUUUUAUUGCUCCAUCUUCAAUUUUGAAAAACCCCUCAGUUAUAGACAUUCCUUACCAUUCCAAAAGGUUGUAUGGGAGAUACUGAAAGAGCACAUAGAUAAAGGUCAUUGGAGGGAGGUUGGACACAUUCUGGGAAUGGAUGAAAUUCAUCCAUGGCAAUCUCUGGCUCUUGAAGACUGGAUAAAUGUACAAUCAAAAGCAGAAUACAGAUGUUUAAGUCAAAAGCAUGAUCCACUUCUCCACUAUGCUUUACGAAGUGAUCAUUAUAUGAGCUUCACCAGUCCACUUAACCUUUACAUUGACUUGGUUGCUCAUCGGUUAAUCGACGAUUUUUUGUCAGACAGUAGAAAUUGUUCGUACGAUUCACAAGAAAUGGGAAAUAUAUGUUCUGAUAUGAAUGAUAUUUUGCUUCGCAAAAAGAAGUUUUAUAACGGUUGCCUGAUUCUGUUGAGUGGACACCAACUUUAUAAGCAACCUCAGGUAUUCAAUGGAUUUGUUCAUGAAGUUUCAAACACUGAUAUAUGUUUGUCCUAUCCAAGCCUUCGGAAGCUUCCACAGGUUAGCAAAAGAAUACCAUUGAAUAUUCUCCAGACUAAAGAAAGACCUGGUUUCGAGGAAAACAGAAUUCACAAGCGUGAAAUAUUGAUAAUGAGAUGGCAACGCAGAUUGUAUUCUGUAGAACGAAAAUCGCUAAAACAUAGAGAUGACAAUGCUUCCAUUCGUCUAAAUCCUCAUCCGAACAUGAUAUUUCAGCAGACACAACAAUGGAUCAAUAUAUUACAGUCAUAUUUUGAUGGAAAGACAAGAAAUGUAAAGAAGGAAAUGAAUGAUGAGGAUAAAAUUAAUCUCAUCCGUACGAUAGAUGAAGCGCGUGAUACUGUUGAUGACGUAAGCUCCGAAGACUCUCUUGGCGUUAAUUCAGAUCAAACCUGCCAUUUUAGUCUGUCAUUCAAUUAUGGCCAAAUUGUUGCUGUGCAGAUAGCGGGAGAACCAGAGCAUGGAAUGAUGAUGCCAAUGCCACAACUUCUAGAUUUAACAAAUAAUGUAAAACUCUGUCUACAACACGUCAGAAAUCCGGUGAAUGUAUUGUCUGAAUUCGCUACAAAGUCAUCAAAGGAAAGCUAUGCUUCUUGUAGGGAAUACGUCAAAAUAUGGAUUCCUAUUCUGUCUAUGGAAAUAGCAACAUUGUCAGUGGAAGAUGAAUCUUUUACUAUCACUGAUCUCCCCAUAACUUUCUCAAAAAGAGGAGGAUAUUUUUUUCUUAAACAUUCUUUCUGUGAACAAAGGGACAUUAGUUUCACAGUACAUUCAACAGAUUUAUUGGGAUAUUCUGAUAUGGAAGAAAUUGAGGAAGACUCGGAGGUACAACCGUUUUACAUAUCAGGAUCAGAUUAUCUAUGUAUACGAUGAGAGAUGAAAACGGGGCUAGGAACGAAAUCAAAAUUUCUUAACGGAGCAAUUUCACCACCAAAACGUUAUUGGGUUGGACAUGCAAAGAUCGAUGACGUUCAAAAAAUAAAGACAUCAGAGGGAAAAAUAAAAGUGAAGUUUAUUUGUCAUAAAAGAUCCCCUGUCAUACCAUCAGAGUUACUUGGGGAACAAUUGUGCAAUGUUGAGAUUAUACCGAAAAUCGAGGUACACAGGCGAACAGAUAUGUAUAUGAAAUCUCCAGAGCGAUCUUCAGACCUCGCAAAAGCCAUUGCAGAGAGAAGAAGCAUCCCAACUCUUGAUCGAGAGCAUAUCUCUGCCGGGAAGCUUUACCACAGAGAUGUUGAUAAUCAACUUGCUAUCCAACAACUAAACGAUGAUCAAAGGAAGGCCAUUCAGAGGGCGGUGACUUCUACUUUCAGUUUGAUACAAGGACCACCAGGGACUGGAAAGACGUACACAGGAGUAGCCCUUAUCAACAUUUAUUGUUCCAUCAAUCAAACGUUGCAGGAAAGUGGAGGGAAAAGAAAAAUCGUUCUAUUUUGUGGUCCCUCAAAUAAAUCUGUGGACCUUGUCACAGGAUAUCUGAAAGACAACACCUCGCGAACAUUUAAAAUUCUUCGAAUGUAUGGACGAGCUUUAGAGUGUACUGAUUUUCCUAUUCCUGGCAAAGUAUUUUCUAAAAGACGGUUGAACAAAGAAAGUAAUCCGGAUGAAAAUUUGAGAGACGUAACCUUACAUCACAUUAUUCGUAAAGAAGGAAACCCAUAUGCCGAGGAGAUCAAAACAUUUGAUGAAAGAUUCAAAAGCAAUCCAAAAACAAUUGACCUCAAAGAAAUCAAACAAUAUAAGAAAUGUAUUGGAAAAGCUAUCAAUGACGAACUUCCAAAAUACGAUGUUAUUCUUUGUACAACGUCCGUAGCAACUAGCGCAACAUUACUGAAUGCUGCAAAGGGGUCCAUCUUUCAAGUUGUAAUAGAUGAAGCUGGAAUGUGUACAGAGCCAGAGUGUAUGGCGGUAGUCAUAGCAACAAAUGCUAAACAAGUGGUUUUGAUUGGUGAUCAUAAACAGUUACAACCUGUUGUUAUAUGUGAAGAAGCGGCGGACCUGGGCCUGCAGAAAUCUUUGUUUGAAAGAUAUGCAGAGAUGAAAACUUUUCUUCUUACAUUUCUGAGUCAACAAUACAGAAUGAAUCCCAGUCUAUGUGAGUUUCCCUCAGAGACCUUUUACGAUGGCAAACUGGAGACGAAGGAAUCACAAAAAUGGGUGACAAGAAAACCUUUAAAGUUGUGGAAAAAUGCAGAGUACCCGUAUGUAUUUUGUCACACAGAUGGAGAGGAAGAGUACCUUUCGUAUACCACAGAAGAAGGGAAUGAAAUGUCCAGAUUCAACAAAAAGGAGAUAGACCAUGUAGUCUCAAUUUUUCAUCAUCUUGUUAAAACGGAGAAGAUCGGCUGGGAGCAUAUCAAUAUCAUGUCCGCUCAGUGUCACCAAAUACGACUGGGACUGAAGAAACAGAAGUUCAACUUCUUCAAUGUGGCAAGUCAAGGCGGUGAAUGGGACUACGUCAUAUUCAGUUUGGUGAGAUCACUUCCUGAAUACAGAAUUGAACCAUUACCAACGUUCGGAUGGUGCAAAGAAAACCUAGGAUUUAUUACUGAUGCUCACCAGAUCAAUGUUGCUUUGACAAGAGCACGCAAAGGUCUUAUCAUAAUAGGAAAUCAGAAUCUCAUGGCUUGUGAAAAACUAGUUUUGGAGCCUAUGUUGAACCAAUUCAGGAGACACGGUUGUGUAGUCAAUGCAGCAGACUUUCUUCCAAAAAUAAAAACUUGAAAAAUGCAUGGAGCAAAUUGAAGUGGUGGUUGCAAGGAACGGAAAGAUAAUUGUUCAUCGGAUGUCUCUGACUUCAAUAUAUGCUAUUUGUUAUUUAUAAGCAAUGCUCUGCAGUUGUCAUGGCUAGCUAACUUAAUCAUCCAGUUUACUAAUUAAAUUACAGACAUGUAUUAAUCUAAUGACAUUCCUCCUGCAAAAUGCUUGUAGGAGCUCUUUGGAAACUGGUCUUAUUGUAUAAUGUGAACAUGUUUUGAUAACAGAGGAAUUGUAGAUUAUCAUAUUUGAGAAUAUUGGGGGAAGCAUUAGAGAUAAAUUGAUAUGCCUUUAACAGUCAUAUUGACAAGUAAUUUUCUGAAUAUGGUACGUACGAGCAACGCAAUAACGUGAUAUACUAAAAAUUCCAUGGAUAACUCCGUUUACCUGAUCAGGAUAUGGGGCUCACGGCGGGUGUGACCGGUCAACAGGGGAUGCUUACUCCUCCUAGGCACCUGAUCCCACCUCUGGUGUGUCCAGGGGUCCGUGUUUGCCCAACUAUCUAUUUUGUAUUGCUUGUAGGAGUUAUGAGAUUGAUCACUGUUCGUUAUCUUCAUCUUGCAUGUACAUUGUACAGUGUAUAUUGUACUCCCUCAAUACAUACAUGUAUCAUUCAUUUAAUGUAUGUAUCAGUCGAAUUUGGGUAAUGAAACUGCGUAUGAGAAACUUGCUGAGCAGAUUCACUUAUGCAAGCCUGAAAAUUUUCCCCACUCCCGCAUGUAAACAAAUUGCUUCGCGCUUUAGAAAAAGAUAAUUUGUGUGCGAUAAGAUGUUUUGUAGAUAUUUAUCUCAGUAUACGUAACAGCCAUGGCUACCUUCCUUACAGAUAUUAUGCUAAUUGAUUUGAAAUCGUGAUUUCACUAUUUAUUGUAACAUACAUGUAGUUACAUUGAGAGUUUUCUUAUGGAAUGUUGAAAUCAAAAUUAGAUUUUAAUAUUCUGUUUAUUGACUUGCAUAUUGAAAACUUUUAUAUGGUUGAUAUGUUUGUAUAUGUGCAUUGGAAAAAAACCUUAAACUGAUCAUUUUGUAAAUACUGAUAGCUCCAUACUAUAAAAGAUUGCAUCAUU